UCGAGGUGGACGGACGUGUUUUUCGUGCGUGCGUUUUUCCCGUGAACGACAACGGUUUUCGGCGUGAAUUUGAAGGUGCGUAACGGUAACGGUCUCGGCCACGUGCGUGCGUGUGUGACCUGCUGGUGGGUGGAAGAAGUGAAACGAAAAAGCGACCCAACGGUGUCGACGCUGAUGAUCGUGCGUGAAAGUAGGAGUCCGGGUGAAAGUCUUCAGGUGCCGUGAGCCUCGGAGCCUGUUUCAAAGAUCUUCUCUUCCCGCUGCGGGGAAAGGCCAACUCGGAUGCGGUUUUGGUUAAUAUUUUGUUUUCCCCCUUUAUUUUUCGUGAAGCUCGUAUUCGUGGCGAUUUUCCUGGAGUUUCGCAGCAGCUCAUCCAAGUAAGGCUGGUUGGUGUAUUUGGUGUUUGAAGCUGGUUGCCCGCGAAGGCCCAUUUUUGUGUGUCCUUGUUGUGCCCACCCCCUCUCGCCAUUCACGACUCUCGUGCAAGAGAGCAUCGAGGGGUGAAGAUUAGGCAAAGUGUGCAAAGGUGAACGGCGUUUGUGUGCGUGCGUGCGUGCGUGACGCGUUUUAGUGCAGAAAGAAAGCAAAAGUGUCCUCCACCAACCUAGAGCAGCAGCAUCAGCAGAUCGCAGACCCCGAAGGGAGAAUACCUCCAGAAGAUCGUGCUCUUCCCUUGUGCUUCUUCUUCGUCCGCGAAAAUGAAUAAAUCCUGCGCCCGCUGCCAGAAGGUGGUCUAUCCGAUCGAGGAGCUGAAAUGUUUGGACAAGACAUGGCACAAGACGUGCUUCAAGUGUCACGAGUGUGGCAUGACGCUCAACAUGAAGACGUACAAAGGAUUCAACAAACUGCCGUACUGUGAAGCACAUAUUCCAAAAGCCAAAGCGACGACAAUCGCCGAAACGCCCGAGUUCAAGCGGAUUGCCGAGAAUACCAAAAUUCAAUCGAACGUAAAGUACCACGCUGACUUCGAAAAGCUGAAAGGAAAAGUGACGCAGGUCGCCGAUGAUCCGGAAACGUUGCGAAUCAAGCAAAACACGAAAAACAUCUCGAACGUCGCGUACCAUGGCGAUCUACAGAAGAAGGCGGCCAUGGAGCGCCAGCGCGAGUGCACCGAGAUCAUCGACAGCAAGGAUAACAACGAGCUCGAAUCGGAGUACUUUUCCGAGCAGCUGGCCGCUGAAUCAUUGCCACACUAUCAGCCACCACCGCCACCGCCAGUUGUUGCACCGGCAGCUGCAACAUCAUCGGCUGGUUCCAGUCCGCAGCAUCACCAUCAACAGCUAGGGAAUAAUAAUGGUGCAGCGGGGCUAUCCGUUGGUGGCCCAACCAAUGCCACCUCGCAGCAGGCGCAAAUCAUCUCGACCGCCAACAUUACCAAACACAAUCAGGCCAACAACUAUCAUGCAUCACUACAACAACAACAGCAGCAGCAGUAUCAGCAGCACGCUGGUAUCAACAACAAUAAGUCAUCCGGUGCCUACCAUCAGCAACAGCAGGCUGGUUAUCCUGCAGCAGCUCCUGGGUACCAUCACCAUGCCAGCAACAAUGGCGGAAGUGCUGAGCUGGUGCGCCAUUCGGUGCUACAGAACUCGCAAACUCCCUCGGGGGGUGGUGGCGGAGGAGCGGCCACACAAAAGUAUUACGAUCCGUACGAAAACUAUGCCCGGCCGAACCCGGCCGCCAAUCAGGUGAACAACAAUGGCAACAACAACAACCAUCUUUAUCAUCACAGUCAGCAGCAGCAGCAACAGCAACAGCAUCUGCAUCACCACCAUCAGCAGCAAGCUGGUGGUGGCGGUGGAGGUGGGGGAUUGAACGAUCGUGCCAAUGGAUCAGCUGCAGGCAGCUACCCAUCACACCAUCACCAGCAGCAGCAUCAUGCACAAAGCAACAACCAUCACCAUCAUCAGCAGCAGCAGCAGCAUCACCAGCACCAGCAGUCAGUGGCGGCAUCGAUAGAUCCGUACGCUCAGCAGCAGGCUCAGCGGUACAGUGCCAACAAUGCUGGUGGUGGUGGUAACCAGUACGGAGCCGCAACUGCCGCGGCGUUGCAUGCUCAGCAUCAGCAGCAACAGCUGUACCAAUACAACAAUGGCAAUGUUGGCAAUGGUAGUGUCGCUGCUGCUGCUGCUGGUGGCAACAUUGGUAAAAUUGCUGACUACGAUCCGCUGACCGAUGGACCGCGGAACAUGCCACAACCGAAUCGCCAGAGCGCCACACUGAUCUACAGCUCCGGCAGCAUGGCAUCGAACAAUAAUCGACGAAUUGGUUCGGUGAAUGAUAUUGAUCCGGUAAAUGGCUACUAUGGUUCGGUUGCUGAGAAUGCGCAGGCCGCCGCACUGUACCAGCAACAACAGCAGCAACAACAGCUGUAUCAACAACAGCAGCAGCAACAGCAACACCGACAAUCGCAACAACAACAACAGCAACCACAGUACAUCCAGCCACCGCAGCAGUAUGCCGCUCCUGCUUCGAAUGCGUCCGCCAAAUCGAUGGGCAAAGUGCGCGUGUACCGAGCACUGUACGACUACGAGGCCCAGGACAGUGACGAGGUUGGGUUCAGCGAGGGUGAUCUGAUCAUCGAGGUUAAUUCGAUCGAUGCCGGUUGGAUGACGGGACGCGUUGAACGCACCGGCCUGACCGGAAUGCUGCCAGCGAACUACGUCGAGCUGAUGAAGAUCUAGACACACUCCCCGUGUGUAGCUGGUGAACUGAAGCUGGAUUACUCUGUGUCACACUACUCCUACAGCUGGCGUUGUCCUCAGGCGUGAAGCGAUCGUCAGCAGCAAAAUCGAUACAAUCACCGUAGAUGCGUGGAUUUUGAUUUAAUCCUUGUUUGGUUUCAAAAGUCGAAAUUCUAAUCCCAUUUCUAAAUCGAAUGUGCGUGCGAAAAUGUGCGUGCGAAAAUGUGCGUUUAAAGCAAGUUGUCGGUAAUGGUGUAAACAAAUAAUUUUCUUUUGUUUGUUCGCUUGCAUAAAUGCAACCCAAAUUCCUUGUAACAAUACGUAAUGUGCGAUGGCCGUAUAGUUCCGUUGUUGUAGCGUUGCUUCUUGAUCGUCUAAUGUGGGUUUAGCUACCGGCACGCUCUACACAUCCCCUCCAGAGUGAAGAUGCUAUACGUAUCGCUAUUUAUCAAGAAAGGAGGAAACUACAAUCAAUCGAAACAGCAGUUGAUAGCCGACGAAGAGAGACGGCUACACCGCUUACGCGAUGGUGUAACGUUCGUUGGUUUUAAUUUAAUUUCUUUUUUGUUAUCUGUUUUUAAUUAAUAUUAAUAUCUAUGCGUAUUUACUAUCUAUAAUAUUGUACCGAAACACCGGAACAGAACGCAAAACGAAAGCACAGAAAAGCAAAAAUAUCGCUGUAAUCAGGAAGUUAUCACAACGAGAGAUAGUGCUUACCCAAGGGUUCCAUUUUCUGGUGUGGUGCUUAGUUUGUUUAUGAGAUGGAAAGCAAAACCGAGGGGCAGUCCGACAAACACAUAACAAGGAAUAGGACAUAGUUUAUCAUGAAAACUGGAAGGCAUCAUGAAUGGAAAAAGGGCACUAGGCCGUUCUUCCGCGGCGGAGGUUUUAUCCUCUUAUUCGACGCAUGCGUCAGGUGCUGUAAGUGUCGUGCGUCAUUAUGCGCAACGAUUCUUGGAAUACUAGGAAGCAGCUAGGAAGGAAGAGGCAGUAGAUUUUUUGUAAUAUUUGUACCGAGUAGUGUAUCGCAUGCAUUUUUUAUACAAAACCCUGUAACGAUGAAGGUCAGCAAAAACCGAACCACAUCCCGUUCGAUUCCGCGCCAUCAUCCGCAUGCCUUUCCAUUGUUGUAAACAUUAAAAUGUGCCUGUAACAGUAAGCCGGAACUGGAGAGACGGGUUUUUGCUGCUCUUGAUGGCACAUACCGCUAGUAAUUGUACCCUUCCCCAACAGCAGCGCAUGUUAGGAGUCCCUUGCCAGUCGGCAUGAGACCGAAAAAAAAACCGUAGACGACAAGUGUAUACAAACAGCGUUAUCGAUAAGCAGGCAUUACGCGCAUAAUCAAUGUUAGACGAUUUAGAAAAGAAGUGCGAGCCGAAGUAUACGCAGAUAAGCCUGUUUUCGUAUUUCCUGGGCGAAUAUAGGGCAGGAUUACGAUAGACAAACGAAGUGGAAAUCGGUGGAAUUUUUGUAGCAUUGUGGUGGUAGUAGUAGUAGUUGUAGAAAGUGGAUGGAAAGUGUGCUUCCUUAAACGAAACGGAAUCCAAUUGAAGUGCGGUAUAGUUCUCGCCCUUCUCUCGACCAACGAGAAGGUCGAAGAAGUGCAGUUCUAAGAAGUAUAUACAGAUAUAUAUACAAAAUAUAUACAUAUAGAUAUAGAUACAAGGACAUCAUCAAUACACCACAUUGCGCCUUAGUAUAUAGAGCCGAUCGGAGCUGACCUUCUUCCCUUUUUGUCUCGAUGCUCUAUACCAACACGUGCUUUAUCCGGUUGACUUGAACCUCUCUACUUAGCCACAACCAACCGGAACUAGCGGAUGCCUACCGUGAUGAGAUGUACCGAGACAGCCCGUCAGAAGAACCUGUUGUCGUUGUGGAUGCGGAGAAAGUUGAAGAUGCAAAACGCGCGAGCCUCGAAGGUGCAACAGUAAUCUGUCCCCGUUUGCCCUGUUACAAUUCCGUUACUGAUGAUAUCCGUUUUUUGUUUUCUAAUGUAAAGUGAGUAGUGUAUAGCGGCAGGCAAGAGUAGCAGUAGUAGAGAGUAACUAAACUAUUUCUUAAUAAAGUCAUCGUAAUCCUUGGAGGAAAAAUGGACGUGGGAAAUCAAGCUAACGGAAUGGAAAGAAUAAAUGGAAUGAUGAACCUUA